AUGGAAGGCUUCCGGAGACGACGGAUAGACUUGCACAACUCUAUACUCGCAAUACAAUGUCAUUUGACGUUGCUUUUCUAUGUAUCAUUGUCUCAGAGAAAGUCUCUUGCGAUAAAAGAGAGGGUUGUGGUCCAAUAUCAGGAGAUCCAGGCUGUCCUGGAUGAGGAUCUGAGGAUCACGCUGUCGCACCUGGAUAUGGAGGAGCGGGCAGCCGUUACAGCUCUGGAUGUGCUGAUGGAGAGGAACACUUCUCUCAUCCAGGAUAUAGAACAGGACCUGGCCAGAGUCACUGUGGCGCUUGGCCAGAAGAGCCAAAAGAUGGACGCGGCUCGCUUUUUACCAAAGCCGGAGGACAUACAACUCAAGGACAGGGUGAUGAAUGUGUUGAACAACUCGGACCCAAACACGGUGACCUUGGACGAGGCCAAAUCUGAUCUGAUUCUUGAGCUCACCUCCGACAUGCUUUCGCUCCUCUGCUCGAAAACGCCACUGAUGAAGAAAUUCGUGGACCUCUACGCCAGUGAGGUCACUCUGGAUCCAGACACUGCCCACCCCAAGCUGGCCAUCUCCCCCAUGGGUGAUCGUGUGACCUACACAGACAUGUGGUCAGAGCUCCCGGAUCUCCCCGAGCGCUUUGACAGCACCCUCAAUGUCCUGAGCUUGCAAGCUUUUCGUCUGGACCGCCACUAUUGGGAGAUAGAUGUAACUGGAAAGACGUACUGGGAGCUUGGUGUGACCUACCCUAGUAUUCCCCGCAAGGGUACCAGUGAGGCCUGCUGGCUUGGCCGGGGCGAGGAGUCCUGGUGUGUGGAGUUCUUCAAUGGGGACUACACAGCCUGGCACGCUGGGGUGCCACAUCAGCUGCCUGCCUCUGAACGCUUCUGUCGGAUCGGGAUUCUGUGCAGUUUCCCUGCAGGGACGGUGACGUUUCUUGAUGCGGACACUAUGAUUCCACUCUUCUGCUUCUGCGCAGGAACUUUCUCAGACUGUCUCCACUUGGCUCUGUGUCCUGGUCACGACCAAAAUGGUAUCAAUGCCAAUCCAAUGGUGAUCAUGAAUAACUCUCCAAGUCAUAGUGCUAGUCUGUCAUGAGACACUUGGUUUCUUGGUUCUUACACACCAAAGAUAGCCAUAAAAUGAUCCAGAUAAACGACCCAUGUCUUACAAACAGUCACAGUGAGCUUCAAGGAAUACACCAUAACAUAGUAUUACUUAUAUAAUUUCUUCAUACAUACCCAUUUCAAUGCUUAAAUUUGUCAGUAUUAUUUUAAAUAUCAGAUUUCAGGUGCACAUCCCUUUCAUCCUUUUAUAUGAAAUGCCUUUCACUUGUGUUUUUUCCCCAAUAUAUACAAAUUCAGAGUUUAGUAUAUUUACAAAUAUUAUUUACAUGAUGUAAUGAAGAGUAUUACAAACAAAACACUUUGUUUUUUCAAAUUAAACUGCCAGACUAGACUAGGGAAACCCUUGACGUGACUCACGCAGGACACAUGCUGGCAGACAACCACUCUCACCUGGUCAUAAUAUAGUCAUUAUACUCAUGAAGCUUUUGGACUGUGGGAGUAAACCAGAGUGCCCAGGGGAAACCCACAGAAGCGCAGUAGGACAUACAAACUCCACAAAAAAAGAGCCAAGGUACACUCCAAACUCAUUGUUGCCUCAAGCUGGAUUUGUGUGUGAUGGAUCAAGAAACAUUUUUUUUUAUUUACAUGUUUGUUUUUGUAUGUUUACCUUAUACAAACAAUCAAGAUUUAUUUACACACCAGCUUCAAAUAUUCUGACUGAUGCCCAAUGAUUAUGCACCACAUAAAUCACACCUUUUACUUGCUAUUUUUUAAGGUGAGUACGUGCAGAAAGUUACAUUUGACGGCACGUUUUUUCUCUCGUGUUUCACUUUGAGUUUGCUAUUGAAGCAUGGGCCAGAUGUUGGUAUACGCGAUCCAAAGUCUACACCUCUGUAAACACCCGUUGUGAACUUUCCUCUGUUUAUUUAGCCUCAUUUAUCUGAAAUAGAUUCAUCUUUCAAAACGUACCUAUAAAGAAA